AUAUUACUUUUUUUUCUAAAGUUAAAUUAAUUUAUUUAUUUAAUUCAUUUUUUUUGUAUAAAUAUGUUAAAAUUAUUAUUAUUAUUUAAUCAAUUAUUAAUUAUUCAAUUGAUUAUAUUUUAUCAUUAUUGUAUUGGUUAUCAAUUAUCAGAAAAAUUAAUUAUUAAACAAUUAUUUAAUCAUAAUCAUAAUCAUAAUAAUGAAUCAUUUAUUAGUAGACCAAUUAAAUUAGGUAAUGAAACAAUUCAAUUAUUUAUUCAAUUAAUUUUACAACAAAUUAUUGAUUUAGAUGAAAAAAAUCAAAUAUUAUUUACAUCAUUAUUAAUACAAUUAAAAUGGAUUGAUCAAACAAUUAAAUUAAAAAUGUUACAAUUAUAUAAUAAUAAUUAUAAUCAUAAUAAUGAAGAAUUAAAAAAUUAUUUUACAAAUCUUGUUAUCCCAUCAUCAUUUAUAUGGACACCAGAUUUAUAUGUAUAUAAUAAUGCAGAUGAUGGAAAAAAUGGUUUAUUAGAUGUAUCACAAAGUCGUGUAAGAAUUAAUCAAAAUGGUGAAGUAACAUGGAAUUUACCAGUUAGUAUACGUAGUUCAUGUAAUAUAGAUGUAUUAUAUUUUCCAUUUGAUCAUCAAUUAUGUAAUAUACAAUUAGCAUCAUGGACAUAUGAUCAAAGUCAAUUACAAUUAAAUAUUAUACCAAUGAAUAUAACUAAUAUAUUAAAUAAAUUAAUUGAAAAUGUUGAAUUAGCUGUACCAGAAUUAAAAAUUUUUCAAAAUUAUCGUAUUACUGUUGGUGGACAAAAUAUUACUCAAAUUAACUUACGAAUACAUAUUUACAGACGUACUGUAUUCUAUGCUUAUACAGUGAUUGCACCAAGUAUAUUACUAUGUAUACUAACAGUAUUCAGUUUUUGGUUACCAAGUGGAAAUGUAAAAAAAAUCGAUAUAGGAUUAACAGUAUUCCUAUUUUUAUACUUUCUACAAGUAAUGAUUGCAGAGAAUACCCCAGAAUCAAAUUCUACACCAUUAAUUGGUACAUUUCUUACAAUGGUUAUGACAUUAAAUUCUAUAUCAUUAAUAUUUGCUACAAUAGUAUUACAUAUACAUAUACGUAGUAAAAAUGAACCAUGUCCAACACCUCAUCCAUUAUUAUGGUAUCUUAUUACUAAUAUAUUUGGUUAUUUAGCUAUGAUACCAUAUCAAAAUAUGAAUCAAUAUACUACUAAUACUACUACUACUACUACUAACCAUAAUAAUAAUGAUAAUAAUGAUUACAUAGAUAAUGAUCAGUUCAAAACUUCCUUAAAGGAUAAUUCAUAUGACCUAUAUACAUUAGAUCAUCAAAGAAGUACGCGGGAUGAAAGAACUUUUGAUCUAAGUAAACGCCUAGGUAACACGAAUGAUAUUGUGAUUGAUAGCCCUCCUCUUCUUCCUCCCCCUCCUCCUCUUUCUCCUACCACCACCACCACUAAUAAUAAUAACAAUAAUAAUAAUCAAUAUAAUGAAAAAUUAUUUUUCAAUAAUCAAUAUUUAAAUGAAAUCAAUAUUACCCGUUGGUUAUAUAUUGCUAGAGUAGUAGAUAGAUUAUUAUUUCAAAUAUAUUUAUUGACAACAAUAAUAUCCAUUUUUGUAUUUCUUAUAUAUUUACCAACAUCAUAUGAUAUUAAAUUGUAA